AUGACUCAGCCAAGCAACAGCCCACACCUCCUUGGUCAGAAACUCGGAAUGACCCGUGUCUACAACGAAGACGGCGUCUCUCUACCAGUGACCAUCAUCAAAGUGGACACACACACCAUCACUCAGGUCCGCACUCCUGAGGUUGACGGAUACAGCGCGAUUCAGCUCGCGACUGGUGAUAUCAAGCCUCGUAACUCGACCAUGCCUUUGAUCGGGCACGACGCGAAGGCUGGCGUGGCUCCUCGCCGUAAGCACUUCGAGACUCGUCUCCCAGAGGGUGGUGAGUCCGAGUACGAACUCGGUCAGGAAGUGAACCUGUCGGUCUUCGAGGACAUCAAGUAUGUUGAUGUGAUCGGUGACGGCAAAGGUAAAGGCUUCGCGGGCGGUAUGAAGCGAUGGGGCUUCAAGGGUCAGCUCGCUUCCCACGGUGUUGAGCGGAAGCACCGCUCCCCUGGUUCGAUUGGUGGUCACGCGAAUAACGCUGGUAAAGCCGGUCGUAUCAAGAAGGGCAAGAAAAUGGCGGGUCGCUACGGCGGCAAGCGGAUCACAGUCCGCUCCCUGGAUGUGGUCCGCGUUGACAGCGAAAACGGGCUGAUUCUGGUGAAGGGGCCAGUCCCUGGCGCCAACAAGGGAUCGCAGAUUCUGAGUAUCGUUCGGCAAGUCGUGGCGCAAGCAAGACCUAGCACUCUGGUAAGGCAUGUGAGCCUGUCGAUCGGAAUCGGCACGAUGUCUGUCGAUGAGAUCGCACUCGGCGAGACAAUCAACGCAGACCUGAUCAAGCAGGCGUUCGUGAUGUAUCAUGCGAACCAGCGUCAGGGUUCGGCGCGCUCCAAAACGCGCUCGAUGGGUUCGUUGACUGGCAAGAAAAUGUACAAGCAAAAAGGUACGGGCAACGCUCGCCACGGCGACAAGAAAGCCCCGAUCUUCCGUGGUGGUGGACACGCUAAGGCCAAGCGUCGCACGCGUGAAGACUACCACAAGAGCAUGCCGAUCAAGAUGCGUCGCAAAGCAAACCGCAACGCGCUGCUCGCCAAGCUCGUGGACCAGGAAGUCAAGGUUAUUGACGGCCUGGCCUUCGACGCUCCAAAGACCAAAGCAUUUAAAGAUUUCCUCAGCAACAUCGGGAUCGACAAGUCUGCGCUUCUCGCGUUGUCUCCAGAUGCUGAGAAGAGCAAGAACGCUCGCUUGAGCGCUCGCAACAUCGACGGCGUUGCGAUGUGCAAAGCUGACCAGCUCAAUGCAUACGAGAUGCUCAACAAUCGUUACCUCGUGAUCGACAAGGCUGAUCUCGAAGCUUGGCUCAAUGGUCCAAGUUCGCAGACCGGUAAGAUCGUCCGGAAUGAAGGAGGGCAGGCGUAA